AUCCUAAUAGAGCUUCGAGUGUUUCUUCACUUCAGUGAGAGAUUGCUACAGACAACGAUGUCGAAGUGGUGGCGCACAGCCGUGGUUGCCCUGAGGAAAACGGCGGAGACGUCAAGGUCAUACCAUACGAUUCAAGCCAUUCCUAGGGAGAUUAGCGGUAAUAGAGUCUCAGUAAAAGAUAGAGCCCAAGGCCGUAUACCCGCCGUCGUAUUCGCGCAACCUAACCCUAGCACCGGCGGCGGUGGUACUCCUCCGAGGCCUGUUUCUAGAAAACAUCUAUUAACAACCGAAAAACGACAGAUUCAGUCUAUUCUCAACUCCAUUGAGCUUCCUUAUUUCUGCUCCACCACUUUUCCUCUACAGAUCAGAGCCGGAUCGGGUUCUUCAACUCUACUUGAAUCCGGAAACGUUCUCCCGAUUAAGGUGCAUAGGGAUUCAGAGACAGGAAAGCUUUUGAAUUUGGUGUUUGUUUGGGCAGACGAAGGAACACAACUCAAGGUUGAUGUUCCCAUUGUCUUUAAAGGCGAAGAUACUUGCCCUGGUCUCAAGAAAGGUGGUUUUCUGAACAAGAUAAGAACAAGUUUGAAGUACAAAUGUCCAUCAGAGCACAUUCCUCAAAAGAUUGAAAUCGACAUUAGCAAUCUGGACAUUGGAGAUAAAGUGUUCAUGAAGGAAGUUAAUGUCCAUUCAUCUUUAGAGCUUUUAAGCAAAAAUGAAAGCUUACCCAUUUGCAAGAUUGUUGCAGCUAAGAUUGAUAGCAUGAAGCCCACACAGUAGGCACCCUAUUAAAUCUCAUGAUUCAAGAAAGUUCAAAACAUAAGGUCUCUCUUCCAUGCGAUAAGGGCUUGUGGUGCAACGUUUUUAAACUACAAUGAAAAACCAC